AUGGAGGAUUUUGAACUAACUGUCUGCGUAGUGGGAGGGAAUCCGGUUUCAGCGUUUCUUUCAUGGCGUCUGCAGGCCUCUAAUGCCUGCGACGUAACACUUGUGUGGAAGUCAGGAUACGAACAUGUUGCCCAAUACGGCUUGACGUUCAAGUCGUCAACGUUUGGCAACGAGAGGUUCAAGCCCCGCCAUGUUGUCCGUGCCCCCGAAGACGCCGCAGGCCAACGAGAUGGCGCAUACGACUAUGUUAUUCUAUGUGUGAAGGCCCUACCGGAUGUGUAUGACCUUGCUGCUGUUAUCGAUGCCGUUGUCACGCCGCAGCACACUUGCAUCCUGGUUAACACGACGCAUACAUUGGGCGUCGAAGCCGCGAUCGAAGAACGAUUCCCCACAAACGUCGUUCUCUCCCUCGUAUCGAAUGCCGAGCUAUCACAACUGGGUCAAAGCGAGUUUGAGCACAAAGGUUCGACAGAGGUUUGGGUUGGCCCUGCGAACAAGAACGAGAACAUCCCGGCCUCGAUUCAGGAAGACAUGGCUCAGGCUCUAGCCAUGACGUUGAGCACAGGUCAAGUGGAUUGCAAGGUUUCCCCCAACAUUCGGCAACAACAAUACGAGAGGGUGAUUGGCCCGAUCGCAUUCCACCCAGCCAGUGUUAUAUUUGAGACGCCCAAUCACGUCCAGCUGCUCGAGAAGACUGGUGUUCGCGACCUUGUGUCCGAGGUGAUCAACGAAAUGUUAGCUCUCGCUUCGGCGCAUGGCUGCAACCUUGACCCUUCCUUCAAGCAAAAAACGAUCGACGACAUGACACAGCCGACAACGACCGAAAGCAUCAUGUGGCAAGACUUCAUCGCCAAGCGUCCCAUGGAAGUCGAGACGUAUCUGGGCUCACCCAUCAAGCUCGCCAAGGACGCAGGUGUUCCUGUCCCUCGCAUCGAGACACUAUAUGCUGUCAUGCACAAUCUCAACAUCGUCAACCGCCAGAGGCCCAAGAUCGAGGCGCCCAUGGGCCCGUCCUCCCCGAACGCUCCGUCACUGCCUAGGAUGUCGUCGCAGAUUAGCAUGAACGGAGGAAUGCGUCCCAUGCCCUCCAACGGCAUGCCUAAUGGCAACGGCAUGCCGCCUCGUGGACCUCGUCCCAGAAAUUCGUCGAACCUCGGACCAGGCCCAGGUAUGAGGCGAGGUCCUCCCUCUGUCAAUGGUGGCGGCCCUCCCAACGGGUACGGCGGCCGUCCGUCAAUGAACGGGCUGCCCAAUGGAUACCCUGGCCCAGGAUCGCGCGCCCCAUCGAGGCGAGGUUCUAUGGAAGCAAAUGACUUGGAGGAGUUCUCGCACCUAGUCCUUUACGACGAUAUUCCUGAGGGAGGAGAGCCGGGUUAUGGCCCUGAAGGCGGCGAUGUGGGCAUCCGUGAGCGUGAAUUGGAGCUUCGCCAACGUGAGUUGGCAUUACGCGAACAAGAAAUGCGGAUGGGCCGCGGAAGGCGUGGGCCGCCGCCCCCGCGGAGGGGCCCUCAUCCGAUGCGUCACAGCGCACAGCCGAGCGCUCACGGGGGCUUCGACGACGAUGACGAUGAUGACGAUUACUUCGAUCCGACGAACGCCCCCAUCACGCCCAUGGCAGACCCAGAUAACUUUGACAUGAUGAGCGUCACGUCGCGGAAGAACCGGAAAGCGAAUGGCCCGAAUGGUCCCUCGGCGGCCCAGUUUCGAAAGAACGCCGAAUUCGACACGGGCAUGCCUGCCUCAAGAGGCGGAAGAUUCCGUCCCAGCUUUGGCCGCAACCGCUCGAGUCAAGUCGUCAACAUGCCAAACGUGACGGACAAUAUUCUUGAGGAUCCCCUCAUGUCGUGUUCUUCCAACAGAUACGGGACUGUCGAUCGGGGUGCAAUGCAGGCCGAGUCGAGGGCGAACUCUCUAACAGCUGCCCGACUGGACGAGCUUCAGUACGGCCCUGGCGGUCCGCCGCCAAUGGGCAUGAACGGCGGGUUUCCUCGCAGAGCUAGUCAAUCUCCAGGAAACCCUUACAGCCCCUCGAUGCGCGGGGGCAGGCCGUCUCCUCCUAACGGCUUCCCUGGCCCCCAGCCGAUGAACGGCAGGCGACCCUCGCCCCCGGAGAGCGUUCGGCAGCCUGUGCCCCGAUACCCGCCUGGACACGGCAACGCGGUGGCGCCGCAGCAGGUCGAGCAGCAUGUCGGGGUGAGCGGUCUUCACCCACCCAACGCGAAGAAUAUGAGAAGUCUGACUGGUAGUGCGAGCGCCAGCGCGGGUAGUGGUGAUUCUCACAUUGACACAGAGCCAUCGGCUCACAGCAGUCAGAGCAGCCUCGGUCCUCGACCGACUGUGGGCGUGCGCUAG